AUGUCUGUCGUCGGUGGCAACCAGGCAGCUGGUGCGCUGCGCCGAAGGAAUAGGUACUUUCAGCGCUCCGAUCUCGUCAUGUGCCGCAAGCAGCCCGGCAUCGCCAUCGGCCGACUCUGCGACAAGUGCGACGGCAAGUGCCCCGUGUGCGAUUCCUACGUCCGCCCGACCACGCUCGUGCGCAUUUGCGACGAGUGCAGCUUCGGCAACUACCAGAACAAGUGCGCCGUUUGCGGCGGCGAGGGCAUCUCCGACGCCUUUUACUGCUUCGAGUGCACGCGGCUUGAAAAGGACCGUGACGGGUGCCCCAAGAUCAUCAACCUGGGUAGCUCAAGAACAGAUCGACCAAGAUAA